ACACCACCUGCACGAUUUGGGACAUCGAGAAGUCCGCCGUGGAGACGCAGCUGAUUGCGCACGACAAAAAGGUGUACGACAUCGCCUCGGGGGAAGCCAAGGUCUUCUCUUCAGUCUCCGCUCAUAGGUCGGGACACCCUAAAGACCCAUGUACCCGCCACUGCCUCCGAAAGUUGAAGACGGAAAGGAAGGCGAAGAGGACGUUGGCUGUUGCAGUUAUGCCGAUGGGGAAGUACUACUGCGAUUACUGCGACAAGGAAUUCCAGGACACUCCUCUCGCUCGCAAGCGUCACCUCCAGAGCUCUUCUCACUUCCGCGCCAAAUCCCUCUGGUACAAUUCCUUCCCGACCUCUUCCUCCGCCGCCGUUGCUCCACCGUCGGGUGUCUGCAAUCGCUUCCGCAAUACGGGAUUCUGUCCGUACGGAGACUCUUGUAAGUACUUGCACUUGAACAACGACGACGCCGCCGCCGCUUCCCCCCAUAAUUCUCAUUCCCCGACUGUUACUCGUGGUCAGGGUCUCGUCGCCGGUGAUGCUAUUGCUCCUCCGUUAGCCGUAGGUGGAAGAAGCUCUUUUGCUGUGCCCAAUAGCAUGGGAGCGUGGUGGGGUAAUCUGCCUCCGUCUCUAUUGCCGCCUCCUGAGGGCGGAUAUCCGCCUCUUCCAUUUGUGGACUGGGGUUAAGUUCAUUCUUUGCAGCGCGACAUUCUUGAACUUUUGGAUGAUGCUCCACCAGUAUGUUAUCCCUUUUGGCCAUGCUACAAUAAUUUCCAGGUUGCUGGUUUGGUGCACAUUACACCGACAUUAUAACCUGCCCAUUUCUUUCUUUGUUUUCCCUGCUGCAACUAUCAAGUGCUCGGGCAGAUUCUGUGAUUAAUAUGUUGUAAUUGGAAAGCAGAGCUAUUAAUUAAUGAUGCCAGAAGGAAUGGAUUGUGUGACAAAAUCUUUGUGUGCUUAAAUACAUCUUGUUAUAUGAAAUGAAAGGGAAUAUGAGGUUUCAGGUCUUUCUUCAGUCUCCUCUGGAUCAGUUGCUUGUCGUGAUACUGAAAUUCUUCAUCAUUCUAAUGUGCCAGCAUGUCCUCCAUUUUCUACAUGUAUCUAUUAGUCUUGGUACAGACCUUUGCUAUCUGUCACUGGGGCGAUGAGUUAUGCUUUAGUACAACAAAGAGUAUGAACGCUAGACUUGCAAACAGCAGAGACAUUGCAGCCAAUAUCGACAAGUCUGUCUCCAUUCUCUCAUAACUCAAGCUUCUUAUUGAUGCUAACCUGUCCCACACGUAAGACCCAUCUGAGAAUUUGGGACAGGAGCAGCCUGUUGUGUUGCAAGCCUUUGUGUUGCAGUAGAAACUGAGAGAGGUCAUCAUGUUCAUGGCAUACUGGAAUGGGUUGCUCCAGUACAUCCACUUAUAGAACCUUAUGUCCGAGAACAAAACAACCACUCCAGAAGCCGAAACCCAAAUUGAUGUCACAAUUGACACCACAAAUGCUGCAAGAACUGGUGCUGGUGCUAGGAAAGUGAUCAUCAUCCCGAAGUAGGUCACACAAAGGGUGAAUAUGAAGAGCACUAACCAAUAUAGGAGGAAUUCCCUCAUGGAAUCAGUUGCAAUUCCUGCCAUGCCAUUUCCGAUCCCCAUAACUGCAAAUGUAGCCAUGAGAAAGUAUGGAAUCUCCCCCACUGCCCAUGAUAUUGGAUAGAAUAUUGGAAGGUACAUUCUUGCCCUUUUCUCCCGAAAGUAGACUAACCUAUCUGUUCCGAGCUGGGGAAUCACGUUGUUGGCUGAGAUAACACCUAUGAGAAUAACUUGCAUGUAUAUGUAUAGUGAACGCGACGUAGCUCCAAAGGUGUCUUUGUAUUCUACUUGAUAGUAUAAGGACCCCAUCAAUAGACCAAUCACGAUGCAGCCUGUCAGUCUACCAAACGUAUACUGCACAUUCCUCCACAAGAAUCUCUGUGUUCUCAGAAGUACCAAAAGAGCUUGUGUUGAAUAUGGAGCAGGAUAAUUUGAAGGAGCUUGUGAAGCUUCUUCCAUACCCAAUCCAAGGGCAUCCAUCACAAAGCUAAUUGGGCUUACUCUCCUGGAGUAAUGAGGGGCAUUCGGGAUGGACUUAAAAUAUCCCAGCAACGCUUGGCAGUGAUGCCCGACAGGACCAAAGUAUGCUUGAUGGCCUUCUCUUGUUAGGACGAGGGCCAUGUGAAAGGAUGACAGAACGCGUGCAUUAGGGUGUGUGAGAGAUGCAAUGAUGACCCUUCCUGAAUCUGCAACGUUAGAGAGACUAUUGAGGAUGCUCCAAAUCCCUGCACUAUCAAGGCCAGAUAUUGGGUCUUCAAGAAGAAGAAUGCUUGGAUUUGCUACCAGUUCAACUGCAAUGGUAAUCUUUUUGGCUAUUUCGUAAGUCUUCCCUGUGUUGCCACGUAGAGAACCAACAAGUUGGUUGGCAUAGGUUAUCAGAUUCAGUUGGCUGAGGACUAAUUCAACAUGAACGCGAGAAUUCAUGGAGUCUAUUGUUUUUCCUAGGCGGAGUGCGGCACUGAAUUGAAGGGAUUCCCUUACUGUAAGGAAUGGUUGGUGGGCAUCGACAUGUUCAACAUAUCCUACUAACCGGGAGAAUGUAGCACUGGCCCUUACGUCACUUGUGUGUAAGUUGCCUUUGAGUUCCCCAAUGAGAGGCACUCUACCAGCAAGGCAUUUCAACAGUGUUGUCUUGCAUGCUCUUGUCGCACCCAUUAAGGCUACCAUCUGCUGGGGUUUAACGAAGCCUGUGAUGUUGUUGAAAACUGAUACACUUUUCUUUGGUCACGUCAUUAUGCCUGAUUCAGUAACAAUGUUUUAGUCCAUAAAAAACUUAUGUAUGAGUUUCAAGAGUGCUGACCCAAAGAUUCUCGGAUAGGAGAAGUGUAAAGUGGUGUGAUGUACCUUGUGAAGGUUAGGCCUUCAAACAGAAGUGUAACUCUCUUGACAGGUAUGUCAAGCAUGUUUCCUCGUACGUCAACUCGAACUUCCUCCUUGGAUAUGUCAUUUACCUCGUCACUUACUUCUGUCCUGUAGCUAUACGAAGCAUGCAUGGAAGUACUGAUGUCAGUAGAGUUCUCACUAUGACUGGUGUCUGUCCCAUAUUCUUCUUGCUUGUCUCUGCAUAUUUGCUGAUGACUCGUGCAUUUCUUCUGAGAUGGGGCAAUGACUGGCUUAUUCCUCUGAAUUCUAUCUUCUUUAGCCCCAGCAGUGCAAAGAAAUUGACCAUGGCUAUCCAUCCCAAUAGAAUGGUAUAUGGCAGCCAGGGUCUCCCAGUAUCUCCAGAUAGUUCAUAGAAUUUCAGGUAUGCUUUUCCAACUGUCAUUCUUGGGAACUGAUCACAGUAGGGUAGAUGACCUAGGUAAUCAGAACACGGAUCUGUGUAGCCCUCGAGAAACUGAAGUCGGCAGAAUGAAAUAUUGGCCCAGUGAAUUGGGUUCACAUGGACAAGCCAUUUCCAGUAGGUUGGGAUCUUUGAUGGAUAGAUCACAAAGCCGCUGAAAAGUAGGAAGGUUGAGACUAGUAGACCUGUGGAGGAAGCAAAAUCAAAUUAACUGUGUUUGGGAAAGAUUUGAUUUUAAUGGAGAUGGGUUAAUUGGGAAUUACCUGCCAAAGCGUUCCCUACUUCUGGAAUCGAAGAUAGAGCACUCAGGAAGAAGAACAAUGAUGAUCCGAAGAAAGCUACCAAGAACAAAAGGGCUAAAUAUGUGAAGAGUGGCACUCCAUUUCCUGCCAGGGAUAGGCCAGCUUGAAAAUAGAGACAAACAGCAUAUACUAGUGCCUUCAAGUAAGGGCAAUGCAUAGAGGAAUAUAACACCAUAUGAUGAGAUCUAAUGAUAUUUGAGUGUGAAUAAAUAGUGGAAUAUAAUAUACUUCUAUGAGCGUCUGUGGGAUGCUGACUGUGCAAUGGGCAACAAUGUAUGAUGAAACUCUGAAGAACCUCAGUGCCUUGUGCUUGUAGAAUAUUGGUCUUUGGAGCAUGUAUAAGGGAAGUUGUACCAUAUUUAUGAGCAUUAUGCUCAUUGUAGUCACAAAGCCUAGAGCCCUUACUGAAUUCAUCUUUUGUUGGUCGUACUGACCCCCAAGUUUGUAGAAUAGCGACCCAGUGAAUGUUCCCAGGAUGAGUGCCUGUAAAUUUAGGGUUAAAACCAGCUCUAUUGUUUGAUAUCGGGAUUCAGGUUACAGCUCAAAUCUUGCUAUGUAUGAGAAUAGAAUUAUUUGAAAAUACUUGGACGAUGUAGGCAAACCUGAAUGAGCCUUAAUUUAAUUAAAGCAUGAAGCCUUUUUGUGAUGUUAAUUUGCCUGUUAAUGAGAGUCUUCGUGGAUUCCACCAGGUUUGAACAAAGGGCCUUUGGAACUGCUCCCACUGGAGAUUGUGCUUCUCUUCCUAGAAAAAUAAACAUAAAUUUCCUGUUGAAUUAUUGAAAAUUUAUACUCUUUUAGUACCUUUGGGAAUCAAUGUGCUAGGUAUCAUAUUUUCCUUGGUUCUUAAAUGUCAGGGAUUGCAUGUACCUCUUCUUUUUCGCGCUCAACUUGGAGACGAAUGCGGGGUCUUGUCUGCUUCAGUAUGGAGUGUACAUGUAUGGUGCGGUCUUUCUGAACCUUCUGGUGUCCAACUGAUAGAUAAAUCAUUUCUUCUUUAUUCAGUGAUAUUGCGGUUACCACAUCCCCAACUUGCACUCUUCCUGUACUCCUGAUACCCCCUGAAUGUCCUACUUUCUUAGAGAGCUUGGUAACUACCAGUUCUGCAGCAACAGGAUGAGUUACAUUGGUUAGUUUUCAGUGGAUAAAGCUUUGUACUGCUGCUGAAUCACCACAACACAUGUUUCUUUCCGUACAGUAAGGGAUGGCAUCCUGACGAGGUCCUUGGAACAGAACUUGUCCUUCACGGAGCAACAGUACUCUGUCGAACAGAUCAAACACAUCUUGUGAUAGUUGAGUCAGAGCCAUGACUGCAGAUGAUUGCUGAAUCCUGCUAACGGUUCUUAUAGUGUCGACCAGCCUGUAUGUAGCAGCCAGAUCAGACCCAGAAAUCGGCUGAUCAUAUAGCAUGACAGAAUAUGUUCCGAGAGCCAACUCAGCUGUUGUCAGCUUCUGGCGAUCACUGUCAGAGGCCUCUCCUGUAAGUUUGUGCUCUAAAUCCUUCAACCUCAAAAUCUCCAACACAUACUCCAGGAAUGGAUCUUGCCCUCCACCAGUGCAUGUGCGAAGAAUUUCCUCAUCUGAGGAGUGAAGUUUUCUGGCCGAAGACCCUGAGUGCAAUCCCUUGCGAACUCGAGUGUCUCACGAACUGUCAUGGAAAGCUUACUGGUUUGGCUGGCCGCUUAUGUAAGCAAUCAGUCUGCUGAGACAAAUCUGGGAGGCAUGCUUGUCGUUAUAUGUGACUGCUCCCUGCACAUUAACAUUCUUGGACACUAUGGCUCUCCCUGCUAGCACUUCAAGGAGAGUGCUCUUUCCACUCCCUGAAACAAAAUCUCGCAGGGGAUGCAUUUUCUAUCUUGUGGCGGAUAUCCGGCGAUGCCCCACCUGAGAACAGCGUCAUCGGUGGCCCAUUUGUCGUAGUUGGAGUGAGAGGUGUCGUGGUGCCUCCGGUUGGCAGCGUGAUCAUCACGGUGUCGCUAACUACUGAGAUAUCUUCGCUCAUGAAUGAAGGCCUUGUUGAAUUUGGUUCGGUCUGCUAAGUAGGGAGAUGUGGAAGAUGACCUCAGGAAUACUAUUUCAGCGAAUCCAACAGUCAAAUGCAAGCUAGGAAGUCGCCAAGUGGCAGCAGAAUGAAACUCUUCGAUGCAUACAGGAGGACUACCAACUGCUCUUGUUGAUUUUGUUUAUCAGAAGUUCAGAACUCAAAGUCAGAGGCAGCUAUACAUUUUUCAAGAAGAGGAAGAGCUUUUGCCGGCCAGGACGAGAAGACUUGUAAAGAAGUGGAAGGUGAAGAGUAGCAACAUGACAUCAACAGCAGCAGGCCCUUUUGGUUUGUAUGGACUAAAUCGUGAUUAGCAGGCACCAGAAAGUAAGUAAAGACUUGGAUAACCCCAUGAAGUAUACGUAACUACCUGCCGGUUGGACCGGAAAUACCGGAGACCGAACUCCUAACGGUAGGUAGUUUUAGCGGUAUAUGAAACGGCUGAACAAUGGUAUUAGUACAAAAUACUCUAUCACUAAUUUUUUUGGCAUAACUUCUGGUAUAGUUUUACAAUCACGGGCGUGUACGUUAUUACCAUUUUUGGAAGAGAUCUAUUUGGCAAUGUUAGCUAGACAGAAUCCUAGUGGCUUGAGGAAAUGAAAGGGCUUCUUUUCGUUUUUAGCUAAUGAUCCUUUGUGAUUAGAGAGACCUACGACCACCAACCCCCACGGCCGAUUACGAUGAGGAUUCUAAGUUUUCGAAGGUAGCCAGAGUACAAUGUGCGUCCAUGGCUUGACUCUGUUUGUCUCUGCUUGCCCGUCUUUGGCAGCUAUACUUGGCCUGGGCUGGCUGCUGAAUGCUGAUUCCCCUUUUCCCAAUCCUUGAGUUUGACGAAGUUGAAGGCUCCAUUUUUUCUACUAGAACUUGAGAUAGAACGAUUGAUGUAUUGAGUCUUUUACUGUGUUUGUCCAGCAUGCCCUGGUUGUACGGAUAUGUUACUAUACGCC